AUGGACGAGAAAAGCAAAGGAUCGCUGAGAAGUGUGGCAUUUGUCGCUGUUACUUUCUCAACAGUGGCAGUUACAGCUGUUUUAAUUGCUUUCCCGUUGGUGUUCCAUUACGUCCAGACUCUUCAAGCUUCCGUUCAAGGAGAGGUGGAAUAUUGCAAAUCGCGCUCGCGUGAUAUGUGGAGAGAGAUGGUUGAAGUUGCUCCAGAAGGACCAAAUGACCCACUCGAUGUCUUGCUCAGAGCUACCCGUCAAGCUGAUGCUCAAUGUUGCACUUGCCAGCAAGGACCACCAGGCCCAGAUGGAGAACCAGGACAACCAGGAAAAGACGGAGAACCAGGAUCUGGGCCAGGAGAGCCAGGACCACCAGGACCAGAUGCUGAACUUCAUGAUAGGAUUCUCCCAGUUCCACCACAAUGCCCAUGUACUGCUGCUCCAGGACUCGGUGGACCACCAGGACCACCAGGACAAGACGGAAUUCCAGGAAACCCUGGAAGAAACGGAGAAGACGGAGCGCCAGGACCACAAGGACCAGCCGGGCCACCAGGACCACCAGGACAGCCAGGACAACCCGGACAACGAGGACCACCAGGAGAGCCCGGAGCACUUCUUCCAGGAGGAGAUGCACCACCAGGACCCCCAGGACCACCAGGAAGACCAGGAGCUCCAGGACAACCAGGAAAAGCUGGAUCGCCAGGACAAGAUGGAAGCAACGGAGACGCUGGUGUUGCAGGAGAGCCAGGACAACGUGGACCACCAGGACCACCAGGACAAGCUGGUACUCCAGGAGCUCCAGGAGAAGCUGGAUCUCCAGGAUCAUGCGAGCACUGUCCCCCAGCUCGCCUUGCUCCAGGAUAUUAA